AUGAAUUCUCCAUUAUCACUCCUCCUUCCGGCGCUAUGCCUCGCCAACUUCGCUUCUGUACCAAUUGCAAAACUGAUGGACACCUUCAAAGUGAGUGUUGGCAUUGGGUAUGUUCUUCAUGCCAGCUCCUACAUCAUCGCUAUCCAUUUUGCACUGCCACCAACAUGGAACCUGGACAAAUACCCUGCUCUACCAAAGAACCAGGAGGGGGGGGUAAUGUUACAGCUUGAAGGGGGGUUUCUUUUCUUCUCCUAA